AGCACCCGGAUCCCGCUCUGGCUCAGCGAUCCCCAAGCCAGAAUUCAUAAUGACAACAGUGACGGUGACCACAGAAAUUCCUCCAAGGGGUAAGGGAGAAGACAAUUCUGCCUUGUACGAGUCUACAUCGGCUCACAUUAUUGAAGAAACUGAAUAUGUGAAAAAGAUUCGAACUACUCUAGAAAAGAUCCAAAAUCGAAUAUUUAAAGAUGAAGCAGGACAUAACAGUGUAAAUCACAAACUGGAUGCAAAGCAUCCUGGAAACUUUCAAAACGGCUCUGAUUCUGAAAUGGAUACUUCUUGCAGCAGUUUGGAUUUGCUCAUGAAAAAGAUGAAAGGCAAAGACCUACAGCUCUUAGAAAUGAACAAAGAGAAUGAAGUAUUGAAAAUAAAGCUGGAAGCCUCCAAGGAAGCAGGAGCAGCAGCUCUCAGAAACGUGGCCCAGAGAGUAUUUGAUAACUACCAAACAAAAUGUGAAAGGAUGAGGAAAAAGCAUGAAGACAGUCAGCAUUCACUCCAGGUUAACAAGCUUGAAAAAGAACAGAAAUGGAACGAACAUGUUGAACAGCUGAAUCAAGUUGCUGAAAAACUUGAAGAAAAACACAGUCAAAUCACGGAAUUGGAGAACCUUGUAAAGAGAAUGGAAAAAGAAAAAACUCUACUAGAAAGAAAACAGUCUUUGGAAAAUAAGCUGCUGCAACUCAAAUCCAGCACGACACAUGCUAAAAGUUGCCAGGAUCUUCAGACAGAGAUUUCCAUUCUACAGGAGCAGAUCUCCCACCUGCAGCUUGUGAUCCACUCCCAGCAUCAGAGCCUGAGCAGUGUCAUCCAGGAGAUGGAAGGAUUAAAAAAUAAUUUGAAAGAACAAGAUAAAAGAAUUGAAAAUCUCAAAGAAAAAGUUAACGUCCUCAAAGCACAGAAUAAAGAACUAAAAACCAAGGUGGCACUUUGGUCUGAAGCUCCAAGGACAAAGGUAUCUAAAGCUGUCUCUACAAGUGAAUUGAAGACUGAAGACAUCUCUCCAUACCUGAUGUUGAUUAGACUACGAAAAUGAAC